AUGAUAUUGCAAGGGCUGAAGCCUCGCAUAUAUGACAAGCUCAAGAAGUUCUACGACAAGCUCAAGAAGUUCGCCGGGCGAUGGGUAGCUGAGCUCCCCUCCAUGCUCUGGAGCUUGAGAACAAUGCCCAACAAGUCAACAGGCUUCACCCCCUUCUUCAUGACCUACAGUGUUGAGGCAAUGCUCCCAACGGAGCUAGACUACGGCUCACCAAGGGUGCGCACAUACCAAGAAGAACAAUCAGAGCAAGGACGUCAAGACAACCUCGACAUGCUAGACGAGGCUCGAGGCGUAGCCCUGAUUCAGUUGGCAAAAUACCAACAAAAUUUGCGACGAUAUCACAGCAGGCGUAUUCCAAAGAUGAGCACAAAUUGUCGCCACCAUGGGAAGGACCCUUCAUCAUCGCAGAGGUGCUAUGCCCAGGCGCGUACCGCCUCAAAGAUGAUGUAG